GGAGCGGCGCCGGGCUGGACCGGGCGGCGCGGCGCGAUGUGGCUGGGCCCCGAGGAGGUGCUGCUGGCCGGCGCGCUGUGGGUCACGGAGCGCGCCAACCCCUUCUUCCUGCUGCAGCGGCGCCGCGGCCACGGCAAGGGGGGCGGCUUCACGGGUCUGCUUGUGGGAACCUUAGACGUGGUUUUGGAUUCCAGUGCUAGAGUUGCCCCUUACCGGAUCCUUCACCAGACCCAGGACUCGCAAAUCUAUUGGACGGUAGCAUGUGGUUCAUCCCGUAAGGAGAUCACGAAGCAUUGGGAAUGGCUGGAGAAUAACUUGCUACAGACUCUUUCCAUCUUUGACAAUGAGGAAGACAUCACCACCUUUGUCAAGGGCAAAAUACACGGCAUUAUUGCUGAAGAGAACAAGAAUCAGCAACCGCAGAGUGAAGAGGACCCGGGUAAAUUCAAGGAGGCAGAACUGAAGAUGCGGAAGCAGUUUGGGAUGCCUGAGGUGGAAAAGCUGGUCAAUUACUAUUCCUGCAGCUACUGGAAAGGCCGUGUUCCCAGACAGGGUUGGCUCUACCUGACUGUCAAUCACCUCUGCUUCUACUCCUUCCUGUUGGGCAAGGAGGUGACGCUGGUGGUCCAGUGGGUGGAUGUGACGCAGCUGGAAAAAAAUGCAACACUGCUGUUCCCUGAGUGUAUUAAAGUGAGCACCAGGGAUAGCGAGCUUUACUUCUCCAUGUUCCUCAACAUCAACGAGACCUUCAAGCUGAUGGAGCAGCUGGCUAACAUUGCCAUGCGGCAGCUAUUGGACAAUGAGGGCUUCCUGGAGGACAAGACCCUGCCCAAGCCCAGGAAGCCUCUCAAGAACAUCUCUGCACUCAAAAGGGAUCUGGAUGCUCGGGCCAAAAAUGAAUGCUACCGUGCCACCUUCCGGCUGCCAAAGGAUGAACGUCUAGAUGGCCAUACAGACUGCACCUUGUGGACUCCCUUUAACAAGAUGCACAUCCCUGGCCAGAUGUUUGUUUCCAACAAUUACAUCUGUUUUGCUAGCAAGGCAGAGGAAGCCUGUCAUCUCAUCAUUCCGCUCCGGGAGGUGACGAUUGUUGAGAAAGCAGACAGCUCUAGUGUAUUACCCAGCCCACUCUCCAUCAGCACCAAAAGUAAAAUGACCUUCCUUUUCGCCAACCUGAAAGACCGAGAUUUCCUGGUACAGAGAAUCUCCGACUUCUUGCAGAAGACACCCUCCAAGACCCCAUGUGGCAAUGGCAGGGAAUGGAAGGAGAGCAUGGCGGAACCUGGAAAUGAGGAGGUUGCAGAGCUGCCUUCCAGUCCACUGCCAGUCAGCCCAACCUCUGCUUUCAACAGCCAACCCAUCAGCUUCUGCACAGGGGAGGUUCCCACGGCUUCACAGGGGCUCCUCAAACUCUUCAGGAGAAACUCUGAAGAGCUCUUGGGGCCCAAAGCGGCAAAAGAAAAGAUGAAGGAAGAGUCUUGGAAUAUUCAUUUCUUUGAAUAUGGGAGAGGAAUGUGUAUGUAUCGCACAGCCAAGACCCGGGAGUUGAUACAAAAAGGAAUCCCAGAGAAUCUUCGUGGAGAGCUCUGGCUCUUGUUUUCGGGGGCCUGGAAUGAGAUGGUGACUCAUCCUGGAUACUAUGCAGAUCUGGUGGAAAAGUCAAUGGGAAAGUAUAACCUUGCCACAGAGGAGAUUGAGAGAGACCUGCACCGUUCCAUGCCAGAGCACCCAGCCUUCCAGAACGAGUUGGGGAUUGCUGCCCUCCGGAGAGUCUUGACAGCGUAUGCUUUCCGAAACCCCACCAUCGGAUACUGUCAGGCCAUGAACAUUGUGACAUCGGUGCUAUUGCUAUAUUGUAAUGAGGAAGAGGCUUUCUGGCUCCUCGUGGCUUUGUGUGAGCGCAUGCUGCCAGAUUACUACAACACCAGGGUAGUAGGUGCAUUAGUGGACCAGGGUAUCUUUGAGGAACUCACACGAGACUACCUGCCACAACUGUCAGAGAAGAUGCAGGAGUUGGGAGUGAUUUCCACCAUCUCCCUGUCCUGGUUUCUCACCCUCUUUCUCAGUGUCAUGCCCUUUGAGAGCGCUGUGGUCAUUGUCGACUGCUUCUUCUAUGAGGGCAUCAAGUUUAUCUUGCAGGUGUCACUGGCCAUCCUUGAUGCCAACGUGGAAAAGCUGCUAAAUUGCUGUGAUGAAGGUGAAGCCAUGACUGUCUUGGGCAGGUACCUGGACAACGUAGUUAAUCAGCAGAGUGUUUCCCCACGUAUUCCACACCUGCAUGCCUUGCUCACCAGUGGCGAAGAUCAACCACUUGAAAUAGACAUCUUUGAACUCAUCAAAACAUCCUACGAGAAAUUCAGCAGCUUGAGGGCAGAUGACAUUGAGCAGAUGCGCUUUAAGCAAAGACUAAAGGUGAUCCAGUCCCUGGAGGAUACAGCCAAGAGGAGUGUGGUCCGAGCUGUAUCUGGUGAUAUAAAUUUUUCUAUGGAAGAAUUAGAAGAGCUUUAUGUGGUGUUCAAGGCCAAACACCUGAUGAGCUGCUACUGGGGGAACAAUCGUACUGCUGUUGCAUGCCGAGACCAGAACCUGCCUUAUUUGGAGCAGUAUCGCAUUGACCUGGAGCAGUUUAGAGAGCUCUUUGCUAGUCUGACCCCAUGGUCCUGUGGGCUCCACACACCUGUGCUGGCGGGACGAAUGUUUCGGCUUCUGGAUGAGAACAGGGAUUCUCUCAUUAACUUCAAGGAGUUUGUGACAGGAAUGAGUGGGAUGUACCAUGGUGACCUGACUGAGAAGCUCAAAUUACUUUAUAAAUUACAUCUGCCUCCAGCUCUGAGCUCAGAAGAGGCUGAAUCUGCUUUGGAGGCCACAAGUUAUUUCACAGAGGAUGCUGUGACAGAAGUAUCUCCUUUUGUCUCCGAGCUGGAUCUCUUCCUGCACUGUGAGUCUCAAGAAGCAGCUGCUCAGGAAGAUAAAAGAGGUGGAAAUGGGAACUCCAAGGAAAAAGAGGAGAAGAGUACCAGUCCCCAGGAUUAUAAAUAUUACCUGCGCAUGUGGGCCAAGGAAAAAGACACCAAGAAAGAAACCAUCAAAGAUCUUCCCAAAAUGAGCCAGGAACAGUUUAUCGAGUUAUGCAAGACCCUUUAUAACAUGUUCAGUGAGGAUCCAGUGGAACAAGAGCUGUACCAUGCCAUUGCUACUGUAGCCAGCCUUCUCCUCCGAAUUGGGGAAGUCGGGAAAAAAUUCUCCAGCCGCCCCAUGAAGAAAGCUGAUGACUGCAAAGCAAAUAAUACCCAGGAUCCUGUUAGUGAAGAGGAGUCACCGACAUCAGAACACAGUCAGAAUUCAGCAGUAGAACGGCAACUCCAAGUAGACCCUGAAGAUAGUGCUGCUGGAGAUGCACAAGCUGGAAAAACCCAGCAGGAAAACCAAACUCUGGGGGAUGGGGUAGGGGAGGAAAUAGGAUCUCCUUUACAGCUGCUUUCAGAUGAUGAAGCCAAAGAUGACAUGUCCAUGUCUUCCUACUCCAUGGUCAGCACAGGCUCCCUACAGUGUGAAGAUAUUGCAGACGACACUGUCCUGGUUGGCUGUGAAGCCCUGAGUUCAGCUGCAAGGUACGGUAGCACUGUUGACACUGACUGGUCUAUCUCCUUUGAGCAGGUCUUGGCUUCCAUGCUGACGGAGUCAGCCCUGGUAAACUACUUUGAGAAAAAGAUUGACAUUCUACAGAAGAUAAAGGACCAGAAGAAGGUAGAGAGGCAAUUCAGUUCAUCCAGUGACUAUGAACUCUCCUCUGUGUCAGGCUGAACUCAAGGAAAACAGUAACCUUUUGGGAGAUAAGGCAGGAAGAUGAUGACACCUAGCAGAUGUCAGGAGAUAUUUUUUCUUUAUUUUUACUGAGACCAAUAACUUCACAACUGCAGUAGAGUCAGCUGAAUAUGGGGCUCUUUCACGGUGGCAAUUUAAUGUAGACAGUUUUCCUGGAUACCCUAGUUGGUGGGAUUACAUUACAUUCUCAAGAGCAUGAAAGCCUUUAGAACCUAAUAGCCCCUAAGGCCUAGACUUACCACCAUAAAUGAUGCAUGUCUAUCUUUUGCUAUCUUUUUUUAAUGAAGUUUUAUUUCAGAUACAGCCACGCAAUGCCCUGCCCUUGUUGCUGUAGGUUCCUGGGUAACUUUACACAGCAGAUGCAGCCUGGCUUGAAACUGUACAUCUUUUGGGUGCUACCCUGUGAGCUAAUGCAGUGUCUAAGUGCUGUAUGUCCUUGGCCUAUAACAUAGUUUUGCUAAGUUCUUAGAUGCUGUGUUGUAACUGCAGCAAACUUAAAGUUGUGUCCUGUUGUCCCUGGUACUCUGAGAUGUACAUUUCUCAGAUGUGCGGGUUCCUGUUGAAUGUGAUUUGCCAUUCCAGGAGUGUGUAGGGGAGAUCUCACCAUUUUACAAGACCGUUUGAUGCAGACGCUGUGUUCUAAUCUCUUUUUAACUCUGGUGCAAGGAAUUGUUGGUGUGUGUGAAUUUUGUCCUUGAAGCCACAAGCUCCUUGACAUUGUGCCAGUAAUACUAAGACUGUAACAGACUGGGUCAGCCUAGGGGGUUAGAUGAUGGAUGAAAUGAGGCACCUCCUGACCAUGAAAUCAAGUGAGUGGAGUAUUUGCAAGGUGGCGGUACACAGAUCUGUUUUGCUCUGUUGCUUUCAGCAUUAAUGAUUGUGCUUGAGCUGUCCUCGCUUCCUGUCAGCCCAGCCAUUAGCCGUUAGAGGAAAAGCAUCUAUAUUCUGAUUUACUGCUGGUAUUUCAUUUAGCUUGCUAAUGACAGGUACAAUGAUUAGAACUACCCUAGUAAAUUUCUGAUGUAUCAGUGUACGUACCAAGCUCCCAGACCCUUAUCAAGUCCAUUAUCAUAGAACAAGUAUGUCAUGCAGGAGAAACCAGCUGAUGGGUAUCUCACUGUGAGAGCAGGAGCAUGGCUGAUGUAACUUCUAAGGAGCAGAAGAUUUAAGGAGCGAGGUGUUGGCUGUAGCUGCUCCUUGUGUCCUGUGAAGUACACUACUUUCCAGGAGCCUGAGCUGGUUUGCUGUACAAAGGAGUUCAAAGGGUCAUUUACAUCCUGAGCAAAGCAGGAGCCAGGAGGGGCAGAGCAACACAUUGCUCUCGUGGCCCCAGUACUAGAAACCAGAGCAGACUAGCUCAGCUGCUAAUUCAAAAGAUUGUUGCUGAAGAGACUGAUUUCCCCUCUGCAAAUCAAUGGUGGCCCGGAGGAAAGUAGGGGCUCCAUUUGGGAAUGGUGGCCACCCUGUGGGAUGGCGUACCCUCCCAGGAAGCACUGUUAUUUCCCGUCAUCCAGACACGUUCAUCUCAUUACACAAGCACUUGCGUUUCAGGCAUAUGCGCCUCACUAGCGGGGGACAAGAACAUUGGCAGGCAGUGCUGAAGGUGAGCUACAUUGGUACUUCUGGUGAGCAUUGUUCAGUACGGGCUGGAGCCAUCUGAUGGAUGUUUCCAUUGAACACGCUACGCGGUGUGAUACUCAGUGUUAUUUCUUUUUUUGUGGAGUUCUCUGUACGUGUUCACAGCCAGAACAUGCUUCUUCAUUCUCUGCCUCCUAGGUCACGUACGUUUUGGAGAGCAGCCAUUAGUAAAAUUGCUUUUACUAAUUAUUCAGUAAUUUAUUGUAACUUUUUAAAAGUCCCAAUACCAUGCGUGAUUUUACACUGUCUGUGUCCGAUCUGUCGUGUAUUCAAUAAACGAACUGGAACCGCA